CAUCGUUAAUUAGACUGGCCGACUGGAACAGAGGGUUACCUUCCGAACACGGAAACAUUUCCGAGACCGUAAAGCCAACAGCGGUCUGUACGGGGAGGUCGCUCGUAGUAUAGGAGGACCUGAAGGCGAUCCCUGCAAUCGGUGAUUCGGGAAAUAUACAUAUUUUAAUUCUGCUCUGACGACAUUUCUACGCCUGGUGUUUAGACUGAAUGGAAGGACACUUUGAUGAUAUUGUUCCCGGAUUGUGUGAUGCGUACCUGAGAGCAGAGGUGAGUUAAACCAUGCACAACCUCGUACGAGCUGAUAGUUCUUUGACCGCUACACACCGUUAUAAACCGCUUGAGCUGAACUGUAUGCUAGUGUCCUUACAAGGUUAAUAAGCGUGAUAAGGCAACAGUAAUAUUUCAUCAUAUUUUGGCAUCUCUACAUCUGUCGGAACACGUACGAGCAUUUGAUACGGCAGCACUAACACGGCGAGGAGUUGCGUUUGGUUCUUGGAUAGAAAUCUUUUCCCGCUGCGCUGCAUUUUCUGUAUUGCUUCAAGUAAGUACAGACCUAUAAUCAGCUAGAACAAAUUAGUUUAGUCCGCAAUGAAGGAAAAAAGUUUGGAUCAAAGCUUCUCGGACUCAAGGGAACUGGAUGGCUCAUUUGACCCUCUCACAGGUCAUCCACCCUCCAGCCAAAGCAAAAAAGCCAUAAAGCAGAGAUUCCUCAAACUGCUGCCCUGCUGCAGGCCCAGUUCCACCCCCACAGUCAGUCAAUACAGCCUUGAGGACGACUUUGAGCUCUCCACCGUGUGCCACCGACCUGAGGAUCUAGAGAAGCUGCAGGAGCUGACGAGGUUCACCAAGAAGGAGCUUCAAGUCCUCUACCGGGGCUUCAAGAAUGAGUGUCCCAGCGGAGUGGUCAACGAGGACACCUUCAAGCUCAUCUACUCCCAGUUCUUCCCCCAGGGUGAUUCCAGUACAUAUGCACACUUCCUGUUUGAAGCCUUUGACACUAACAAGAAUGGGUCCGUCAGUUUUGAGGACUUUGUCACAGGCCUGUCCAUUAUCCUUAGAGGAUCUAUCAACGACCGUCUCGGCUGGGCUUUCAACCUGUAUGAUCUCGAUAAAGAUGGCUGCAUCACCAAAGAGGAGAUGAUGUACGUCAUGAGGUCCAUCUAUGACAUGAUGGGGAAGUAUACCUACCCCUGUUUGCAUGCGGACACCCCCAGGGAGCACGUGGAGAGUUUCUUUAAGAAAAUGGACCGCAAUAAUGACGGAGUAGUAACCAUCGAGGAGUUCAUCGAGUCGUGCCGGAAGGAUGACAACAUCAUGCAGUCUAUGCAGCUUUUCGACAGCAUCAUCUAGAUCCCGUCACCAUGGCGAUGGCUGAAGCAUGUGGGCAGGCGAGCCCCAUGCAUACGGACUGACCCACAGCACCUCAUACAGCCAUAGCUAGAACCCCCUCCCCCCCUUCCAUGGGUCAAGGGCAUUUUUCCAUUCAGUUCAUCUCAUCGCCAGAGAGACAGGCGAGCCGAGGCCAGCAGUUGGGAAACGCUCUUGUGUGUGGGAUUCUCUUUUCUUUCUGAUACCUGUCCAUGUUAGGAAUGCUGGCCUGGCAGCAGGACCCCAGUGCAGAAGUAUCAAUCAGCAGCAAACAGCGCUAUAAAUUAUCUCCGAUAAGGAAUUCCCAGCUUACCCUGAAUUGCAUGCUGUUUGUGAUCACACACCAUGGUGCAGCGCAUUGACCUUUUCACCCCAGAUUCUUAUGUAAGAGGCCCAGAGGACGAUGAAGGAUUCACCUCUAUGGUCUGGUCCAGAUGUGUCAAAACUGCAUGUUAUUCCUAACUCUAACCCGUACGGGACCGCCAUAAUGUGCGAGAUGGGAGUCACCCUUUUUUGGCCAUGGGAUUGGUGUCUGUGUAAGGGCCGUGCAUUCAGACGGCAAGACUCUCGUAGUGAGUGAAGGACCGUUUGUGUGGAAGUGACAGCUUAUCCUGCAGCCCGCCCUAAGGGUGGUGUUCUGGGGUUAGGGGGCAAGCUGCGAGGUCCAGUCAGACACACUCUGGAUCACAAACGGCUUCUUAUUUAGGGAUCAGGUCCAAGCCAGAGGGCACUGUUCAUCGUGCUGUUUUUGAGAUUUUGGAAAACCCAUCUAACCAAGUAAGACAGGUAAACAGUCACCGCUUUUUUCUGUAUUAGCACAGGGGAAGGUACGCCAAAUGCUUGCUAACUAACUUCACGACUGACCAAAAGUGGCCCCUGUAUAUAUCUGCAUGUAAGCUAGACAAAGGCCAGCUGCAUUUACUGUGUCCAAUGAGCCUAAGAGGAUGCUUGGUGUUUCUUGGCCAUAUUUUGUACAGAUAUAAAAAU